UCUCAUGUAUGCCUAUGAGUUCGGAUCUAGCUAUGGUUAUCACGACCAUAUCCCUGUGGUAUUCGAGAUCAUGUCGAAACUUUCAAGACCCGGCGGACCGCAGAGCGGCUGUUGUUACUACGCUUCCACGGAUAGCAUUAGCACAAGGCGACUGGAAGCACGAUAGAAGGGUUCGACAUAAACAAGAAGAAACUGCGAGCCAACGUGUAAGAGUUCGAUAUGAUGGUCUACACGAGUUGACUAUGGUAAAUUUCAAGUCGACGGAGAACGACGCCGAUCGUCGUCCUCGUCCGUCGGCAAUCGUGGUAUGACUCUUGCACGUUCAAAGCAAUAAUCCAAGUGACCAAUAGAGGCGACAAAACCAAAUUCAAAGGAGCACACAAGCAAACUACCGCACGCUACGAACCCCGAUCGUGCAUGAAGCAAUACAAUUGCUGCCGGAAAUCAUCAACUCCGUUCGACAAAAGUACCCCUGUACAAGAUGAAAGUAUGUUGCGAUCACUAAAGGAGUCACAAAUCGUCCUAUAAGAAUGGUUAUCGAAUUCCGAUGGCCGAAAGCAAUAUAUCCCUAAGCGUGAAACUAGAGAC